AUGGCAUCAAGCUUCUCGGCCCUCGGAAGCCGGGGUGUCGAUGUGACCCAACCCCUUCCUAGCUGCGGGUGGCUGACUACGUGCCUCGAAGGAUGCCCCCGCUGGAAUGGCCUCAUUAGCGCGAAAACAUACCUCGACUUGGCCCCAGAGGCCAACCUGAUCAUUAUUGACCAGAGCACCUCGUUUGGCGGCGUCUGGGGUGCUGACAAGAUCUAUCCGAGCUUGUACGCUCAAAUCAAGUUUGGCCAGUUCGAAUAUUCUUUCUACCCUAUGCGCCGCGAGGGCAUCACCAACGACGGCUACAUCUCGGGCGAAACCAUCCAUCGAUAUCUCACGGACUUCGCCCACGACUUCCACCUCGCAGAGCGAACACGGUUCAACACGUCCGUCAAUAAUGUCAGUCGCCUGCCAAACGGCCGAGGUUGGAAACUAGAGGUGGAAGGCGAAGGGAAUAAGGUGGUGGAAUGUGGAAAGCUGAUCUAUGCCUCGGGGGCCACUUCGCACGCCGUUAUCCCCAAGUGGCCCAAGUCCAACUUUGACGCGCCCAUCAUCCACUCCCAGGAAACGGGGACACACCUGGGUGCUCUAGCCAAAGUGAAACGUGUAACCGUGCUUGGGGGUGCCAAAUCCGCCUUCGACACCGUCUUUUUCCUCUUGGACGCAGGAAACCACGUCGACUGGGUGAUCCGGCCCGAUGAGUCCGGAUCAGGGCCCGUGGCACUCAUGCCGCCAACUAUUUUUGGCCUUGUGAAUAGCAUGGACGUGAUCGCAACGAGGUUUAUGGCCACGAUUGGUGCGAGCAUCAUGGCCACCGAAGGUCCGGGCUACCGUUUCUUCCACCAGACACGCUUGGGGAGGGUGCUGGGGCGGCAGUUCUGGAAGAUAGUCAACAGCAUCGCCGAAAGGCACUCUGGAUACAGCAAGACGCCAAACGCCGAAAAGCUCAGGCCGCUUCCACAUGGUAACGGAAUCUUCUGGGCCAACGCAGGUCUCGGAGCCGCGAGUGUACCCAACUUCUGGAAGGUAUUCCACGCCGGGGACUGCACCGUCCACCGGACCGGCAUCGAGUCGUUCACCGACAACAAAGUCCAUCUCUCAGACGGCACCCAAGUCUCGACCGACUACGUGGUCCUCUGCACCGGCUUCGACAAGUCAUACCAGCCAUUCAGCCGCGAGCUGCAACGAACGUUCGGCCUCACCAACGACCUAGACCCCGCAGACCAGGAGAGAUGGGCCAAGGCCGAAGCGCGCGCCGAAGUCGCCGUGGACAACAAGCUGCCCACUCUCCGGAAUCCUCCCCUCAGCUCAGGCCAGGUCGAGAGCAGCGUCCACCGCGAGGCUGGCAGCAACCACGGCCCCAGCCGCCACUACCGGCGUCUGAUCGUGCCGGGCAUGGCCGCCGAGGGCGACCGCUCCAUUGUGUUCCCGGGCUUCAUCCACUCCAUCUACACUCCCAUGGUGUCCGAGGUGCAGGCCCUGUGGGGUUCCGCUUUUCUCCUUGGUCUGCUGGACCCGCCCGACCAGGCCGAGAUGGAGCGGGAGGUGGCCGAGUGGAACGUCUGGUCCCGCAAGCGAUAUCCUGCCCAGGGAAGGAAGCACGCUUAUGCUAUCUUCGAUUUCCUGUCCUACAUCGACACCCUGCUCAAAGACCUCGGCAUCAACACCAGACGCAAGCAGAAUGUGUUGGCCAACCUCUUUGUGCCCACCUACCCGAGAGACUUCCACAACCUGCUCGAGGAAUUCAAGCAAGCGCAGGAGAAGACGAAGUUGCAGCAAUCAGGUAUGGCUCUUGAAGCAGCCUGUGAUAUCAUAUGA